ACAGGAGUGCAAAACAAAAAAAGAGGCAAAACCUGCCUCUCCCUCCCCUUCCCCCAACCUGGAUCCUUCCUGCAGACUGCGUGCAAGUCCCCCCUAGGGUGUCCUGUUCUAUAGGUGGAGGUGAUUCAAGGUGUAGGGUGGUGUCUUUUUUUGGGCUCUUCUAUUUCACUUUUGGGGGGGCCCAGGUGAAAGUAUUUCUGUGUAUAUAGGUAGGGCUCUUUUUGUACCAUAUUGUUUUAUUUUUGUUGCUUUUCACCAUGACUGCUGUUUCCCCGGAUUACCUGGUGGUUUUAUUCACAACAACUGCUGGGGCCAAUGGGAGCAAAUUGGGCUCUGAUGAAAAAGAGGUGAUUCAGCUGUUGUGGAAAGUCAUUAAUCUGGCCAACAAAAAGGUGGGGGAGCUGCAUGAGGUUACAGUCAGACCUGACCACCUGGAGCUGACGGAAGAAUGUAAAGAAAUUACACGGAUUGAAGCGGACAGCCUGUAUGUGGCCCCACAGUUGGAACAGGCUCUACAACAGUUUAACCAAUCAGUAGGCAAUGAACUGAAUAUCGGCGUGGGUACUUCAUUCUGUAUAUGCACCGAUGGGCAACUCCACAUAAGACAAGUUCUUCACCCUGAAGCAUCCAAAAAGAACAUAUUGCUCCCAGAAUGCUUCUACUCCUUUUUUGACCUGAGAAAAGAAUUCUUGAAGUGCUGCCCUGGAUCAAGCGAUACAAAUGAGUUAGAUGUACAUGCAAUGGCAAGUUACUUGGGUUUUGAAAAGAAAAGUACACGAUACAGAUAUGGAGCUUCAGAAGUUGAUGAUAUGGGAGACAUAAUUGUAACAUUGAUUUCAGAACCAUACAAUUACAAGUUUUCAGAUCCUGAGAGAGUAAACUACAAAUUUGAAUCUGGUACCUGCAAAUUGGAGAUAAUUGACGAUAACACAAUUAUCAGAGCAAGAGGAUUACCGUGGCAGUCAUCUGACCAGGAUAUUGCACGAUUCUUCAAAGGCCUGAACAUUGCAAAGGGUGGUGCUGCCCUUUGUCUCAAUGCUCAGGGUCGAAGGAACGGUGAAGCCCUUGUAAGGUUUGUAAGCGAAGAACACCGAGACCUGGCGUUGCAGAGGCACAAGCACCAUAUGGGAAAUCGGUACAUUGAGGUAUAUAAAGCAACUGGAGAAGAUUUCCUUAAAAUUGCUGGAGGUACUUCCAACGAAGUGGCACAGUUUUUGUCCAAGGAGAAUCAGGUGAUUGUGCGCAUGCGGGGAUUGCCAUUCACUGCCACUGCAGAAGAAGUGCUGGCGUUUUUUGGCCAGCAGUGCCCAGUUACUGGAGGGAAAGAAGGAAUACUCUUCGUCACCUAUCCAGAUAACAGGCCCACAGGAGAUGCCUUUGUGCUGUUUGCCUGCGAGGAGUAUGCACAGAAUGCACUGAAAAAGCACAAAGAAUUGCUUGGAAAGCGCUAUAUUGAGCUCUUCAGGAGCACUGCCGCAGAGGUGCAGCAGGUCCUGAACAGAUAUUCCUCUGCGCCUCUUAUCCCUCUUCCCACUCCUCCCAUCAUUCCUGUACUACCUCAGCCGUUCAUUCCUCCAGUGAAUGUGAGAGACUGCAUACGCCUCAGAGGGCUUCCUUAUGCUGCUACUAUCGAGGAUAUCUUGGAGUUUUUGGGAGAAUUCUCUGCAGAUAUCAGGACACAUGGGGUCCACAUGGUACUCAAUCACCAAGGCCGUCCAUCUGGGGACUCGUUUAUUCAGAUGAAAUCGGCAGACCGGGCGUAUCUGGCAGCACAGAAGUGCCACAAGAAGACCAUGAAGGACAGAUAUGUGGAGGUGUUUCAGUGUUCAGCAGAGGAAAUGAACUUUGUCUUAAUGGGGGGAACUUUAAAUCGCAAUGGCUUGUCCCCGCCGCCAUGUAAGUUACCAUGUCUUUCUCCCCCAUCUUACACAUUCCCAGCCCAGGCAGCUGUUAUUCCUACAGAAGCUGCAGCUCUCUAUCAGCCCUCGCUGCUCCUGAACCCUCGCAGUUUACAACCAUCUGCUGCCUACUAUCCCGCAGGUGCCCAGCUCUUUAUGAACUACACAGCAUAUUAUCCCAGUCCUCCAGGAUCUCCAAGUAGUCUUGGGUUCUUCCCGGCAUCUGCCAGUGUCAGCAGUAUCCCCCCGCACAAUACAGGUGCAAUGGUACGCAUGCAGGGGCUGGCAUACAAUUCUGGUGUAAAGGAGAUUCUCAAUUUCUUCCAAGGCUACCAGUACUCUCCAGAAGAUGGACUUUUGCCAGUGAAUGACCAGGCACGGGCACUGCUUACUCACCCCAAAGAAUGGGUUUGUAUUUAGAGGAGCCCAGUGUGCCAGUGUUUGUGAAGAGAAGGCAUUUCCUGAUGAAUUCUGGGUACAUAUGUAAUGCUUGCCAAACCGGGAUGCCUUGGUCCCAUCAAUGAUUAUGCAAUCAGCCAAACAAGCACUGCAAACUACUUGCCUGAUUGGCCCCUUCAAUAUCACUUUCUGCCUUAAACUAACGGAGAACUUUGAUUGGUCGAAGACCUCUUGGAACAGGCUUGACCGGAUCCUUGGCCACGCAUCUUACCCUUGUAUCUCCCUUGCCGAAACCAAGUCAAAGAACAUCCAUACUACCCUUAAGCCUUCUAGGGGAAUCCAAGUGACUUUCUAUUUAUACAAUAGACUUAAGUGGCAAACUGUGCCUUCCGUUGGAGAGGUGCACUUUCCCUUUGCUGGAGAAAGUGUAGCAGCAGUAGUAAAGAAAAUAAAAAAGGAAAAAAAAACUAAAUAUGAAAUAAUAAAAUAUAUAUUUAAAAAAAAAAAAAAUAGCAUUUAUUUUAGAAAUACUGUUAAACAUUUUUCUGCUGGUGCAAAACAUUUUUUUUUUAAUGCCAAAUUUUUUUGUGCUUAUACAAUAGUUUUUGGCCCCCCUGGGUCUGUUUAUAUAUAUAUAUAUAUAUUAUUUUUUUUUUUGUAAGAUUUUUUUUUUUUUUUUUUACUCAAGGACUUGCUAGUUGCUCAAAAUAAAACUGAUCCUUCCUAUUUCUCCAUGUCUCCUUUUUAAGUUGCUGGUUAAACCCCUUGGAACUAGUGCAGCUGAAUGGCUAAUGCACUCUAAUGUCUGCUUUUGUUCUGCACCGUAACCUUGUUACAUUAUCCUUCUGUAUUAAGAGAUAUACUGAACGCCAUCUCCUGACAUGUAAGUGAGGACCCUGCUGCUUUAUGUCAGUAGUUGUUUGAUAUUGAUGGGCUUGCAGCCUGCACUAAGAUCUUUGUUACUUUCGAAUGACGCCUAUUGCAGGAAAGAAAUUCCGCAAAUUUUUGUCGCAGUCUACCUUAGAAAUGUCCAAGUUGUGUCUCUCCAGCUGUUGUCAUUCUUUGGAGGAAUUCUGGGAAUUGAAGUCCUGCAGUCAGCGGGUCGGAGGCUUGGCAUCCAUAUUGUAGAUAAAGUUAACUGUUAUCAUUUUUUUUUUUUUUUUGUACUUUGUUUAUUUCUAACACACAAAGGUUGAAAAACCUACAGUUUUGGCUGUGUUGCCUGAGUAGCCAGGUAUUUUAUAGUCUUUGUUUAAAGCACUUGAUUCUGAAAAGGGAAUAGUCCUUGAUGUUUGUGCUUUACUGAUGACACUAUGUGCCUUUAUUGUAGGAACAAUAAUCUGCAAAAUGUUGCAAUAAAAUAAGAUUAAAAAAAAAAAGAAAGUGUAUAUACCUUUUGAUAUGAGAUUGUAUAAAAUUAUUGUUCUGAAAAUGUCUUUAUUUUUGUGCUUUAUUUGAAGGAUAUGUUUGGAGCUAAUUCACUGAUCCUUUGACUUCCGUUUAACAGGCUGCAGAGCUUUGCUUGCAUUGGGCAGCCUUCUAGCGUAAUCAGGAAUCAUUCUAAUCAUCUGUAUAAGUAGCCUUUAUUUUUUUUCUACUUUUUUCCCCCACUUCCUCAGCAUAUGAGAACAUAACUAACUACACACAGGAGCUCCUUGCUUCUCUUACUUGCCCUAGUAAAAUGGAGCCACCAUAUUGUUUGCUUUAGCAGAUGUCUUGCUUCCAUAUCCACAGUGUAGGUAUGACCAAAUGGUGUCAUUGCAAGCAAUAUGGCUUCUUCCGCUGGUGUAAUCUGCUGUCUGAGGGUUGGGUAAACCCUCGAAUGAAUGUAAAAUUGCAUAGAGUUCUCUUCUAAACCUUUUUGGAUUUUUUUUUUUUUCUAGUUUUCAAGAUGAUGGCAGUUUCAACUGUUAAUGUAAAGAAUUUGCAUCGUCGAGAAAAGUAUGUGUGUGAUCUGCUUAGAAAAUUGGGCAAAGGAGUUGUCUGAUGUUCAGAGCAACAUCACAAGGGAGUCUUUCUCACAAAUUGGUUUUCAGCUAGUGACGGCAAGCUGUUUAAAAUGACCAAUAGUUGUGCCUGUUCCAAAUUCAUUAUAUUAGCAGUUGAAAAAAUCAGAAAGACCAUAUUGUAAGAAGAUUGCUUAGAAGAGUAUUAUGAGCAAUUUUACAUUCGUUGUUUUAUGUGUUUUUUUUCCCAAAUCUAAGCUUGCAUAUAAAGUCUCCCUUAUAGCAGGGAUGGCUAAUCUUCAGCACUACAACCAUGUACUAACACAGACCAUGCUGCUGGAGGAUGCUGGGAAGUCUAGUUCAAUAACUGGAAAGGCUUGCAGGUUAGAUGUCUGGUUUGCAAAUUGCGGCGUGCUCUAUAAUCUAUAAACACCUAGUGGCUAUGGCCAAAGUGUAGAAUGACCUUCUCACCAGUUGCAGAUGGAGCCUAAAUAUCCUGUGUAUCCUAUAGGUGCUGUUAUAUUGGGCCCAAGACUGUUACAAACUGAUUUUUUUUUAUAUGGGAAAUAGAAAAACUACUCAUGAGGAUUAAAUCAUGGUCGGCAGAAUGUUAUUGCAAUAUAAUAAUAUAAGCCACAUGAUUGUUUGGUGUUGUCAUAAACUUCCUUCUGUCCCUGCUGGUGUCAAUGCCAUUUAUAUACUGUAAAACAAAAUAUAAAAUGUUUACAUGCAGAGAUAUUUGUCCUUCUGCACUCCAGUCACUGUAUUUAGGAUACCUGGAAAAAAAAAUUUCAUUCCCAUUUUUUAAUUUUAAUUUUUCAUUUAUUAGUGAAAUCCAUUGUUUCAGGCUUUAAACUCCCUUUUUAUAGACCACUGUCCUUUUAUUGGCUUCCCAGUCAGUAGGCUGGCAACUCCCAUUGUCAGUAUUGGAGGCCUCGGCUAAGGGAACAAGAACUAUAGUUUCUAUUAUAGUCCAUGCAAGGCAAGAUAGAUUUUUUUUUUUUUUUUUUUUUGCGAUAUCUAAGCCUUGCUAUUGACAGCCUUUUUUUUGCUUACAUCAACUACAUAUCCCAGAAUUGCCUUGGCAGUAAAUUGGGACAUCUACAGCCUAAAUUUAUUAUACCCCUUAAAUGUAUUGAUUUAUUUGCUUCGUGCAGUUCUGUGCAAGGGCAUCUGUAAACCAUUUAGCUUUAGGAUAUUCAGAGUCCUUUGUAAAACAUGUUCUUCCCUAAAAGACCAACCAGUCUGUAUUUCUGUGUUAGUUCCUGGUUGCUGUAUCUAAAACACUUCUUACAAGGUAGGGCUUCUUUUCGCUUUGUCUUCCAAUAUGAGAUCUGCAGGACUUUAUCAUUCACAUUAAUGUAGAAUGUUGCAUGAGCACAGUUUAACAACGCAAACAAAAUGGCUACCAGACAAAUACAGUGUUUAUAUCCUUACAAAUGAAAUCCUUCUUUUAGUGGUUCCUGAUUAGAAUUAAUCUAGUAAAACGAAGUGGUCAAAGACUGGAAUACCAGAGGCCUUGUUGAUCCCUAUUCCAAGGAAAAGCAAUAUUUAUUUGGUCAAAAGUCAAUUGUUUCCAAAUAACUAACUUUUGGAGGUUUGUGGCAGGUACUCAGUAACAAAUAACAAUGCAGGUUGACAACCAAAAACAGUAUAAAAAACAAACAAACCCUUUCCCCUUUAUUUUUAUUACUCUCUAGAGUUGCUGUUAAUUUUCCUUGGGCCCAGCAGAAGCCAAGUGUUUUAUUGCCAAUGAUCCUAAGCUUUGUAAGCUUCUGUGCCACAGGAACAGACUAAUUACUGAUACUAUGAAUGUGCAUGUUGCUUGAAAAUAAAAUGUAAGGCCUUCAUCAUAUUACUGAGUCAUGUGACGAAACAUGUGGCUACUGAACAUGUAACGCUUGUUAUUAGAUGCUCAUGAUGUCAUUUUUUUUCUGUGUAGAUGUAUUUCAUAAUAAAAUAUUCUUCUGUCUCAAAA